UCGCUAUAGGACAGCAAUGCGAGGCUGACAUGCUGUCACACGCAAGUGCACGGUGGAUAAUAUGGAUUAGGUGAAAAAGCAUUCAACAGGGUUGAACAGUAUCCUUGGACAAAAAAUGCAAGUCUGCCUGUGUGUGUUAGAGAGAGGGAGAGAAAGAGAUAAAUAUCAGCAAUUGUUGGCGCACCGCGGCGUCCCCUUCUCCACCUUGUCUCCACAGGCUGUCAUUUAAUAACAGCUCAUGGCCAUACAUCCCAGUGGUAUCUUUACUGUAAGCCUGGAUCACAAUCACUACCAAUCGGUGAGACGUCCCUAAGAGGACCACUCCCUGUUCCUCAACGUCAAUUAUCGACUCCGCUGAGACAAAGGAGGAAGAGGAAGGAGGAGAAAGAGUGCAAAAAAAUGCAAAUACAUCAUCAGUGAACAGAAGAUGCGAUGUGUCUAAAUUAAAACAUCAGGAGAACAGAAAGACAGAGUUGAGACAUCAGAUCUACGUCUCGCCAGAGGAUCCUGUAAUUUCCUUUCAGAUCAAUCUACAAGACUUCCUGUCAGAGAGAGUAUGAAGAAGAGCUGUAUGACUCCUUAUCAUAGUCCAACAGGAAGUGACAGGACAUGGGGACUCUGCUAAUCACCAUGACAACUAUACAGCUGUGACUGGCUGUGAGAAGCCCCUCCCCCUUUUCUACACCCAAGCCAAACCCCUCACCCCUUUCUGAGGACAACCUAGUUAAACAAGUCCCCCACACUUGUUCUCAUUUAAACUCAACCUCUUUGUCUCUUCUUCCAAUCCUGAUUUUCUUCCAGCUUUACAACCCUCCCUUUUCUGCAUUCAUCCUCUUUUCUCAAUCAUGGUCAGCACGGUUUGCCCUCCUUCCUCCUCUUCCGCCUCCACUCUUCUCCUCAUCCUUCUCUCUGUCUCCUUCUUUCUCCACCUCCCGGGCCUGGUUCGAGGGGACUGCUGGCUGAUUGAGGGUGACAAGGGCUAUGUGUGGCUGGCCAUUUGCAGCCAGAACCAGCCUCCAUACGAGACCAUCCCACAGCACAUUAACAACACAGUCCACGACCUGAGGCUCAAUGAGAACAAACUUAAGAUGAUCCCCUAUACCUCCAUGUACCGUUUCACUAACCUCACCGACCUCAACCUCACCAAGAAUGAGAUCUCCUACAUCGAGGACGGGGCAUUUGCCCAACAGGCCAACCUACAGGUCCUCCAGCUAGGCUAUAAUAAGCUGACCAACCUGACUGAAGCCAUGAUGAGGGGCCUGGGACGGCUGCAGCUCCUCUUCCUCCAACACAACCUGAUAGAGGUAAUCACCAGCAAUGCAUUGGAUGAGUGCCUGAGUCUCAACAGCAUUGAUCUGUCAUCCAACAAGCUGGCCCGCCUCGACCCGUCCACCUUUACCAUUUUGACCCGCCUCAUGGUUUGUGAGCUGGCCGGGAACCCUUUUCACUGUGGCUGUGACCUGUACAACUUCCUCACCUGGCUGGAGGCCUUCAACAACGUCACACGCACCUAUGACAGGCUCCAGUGCGAGACCCCCAGGGGGAUGUUUGGCUACCCUCUUCUGAGUCCCAUUGCUUCUGGCACCGCCGGGCACAACGCUCGCACAGUCCUCUCCUCUAUCUGCCGGGAUGGGGUCUUCAUCCCCGGGAUGACAUCCCUCCCACCCGACUCUGACACAUCCGGAAUGGGCCCGGACAUGUUUGACCGCGUGGGUCCGUACCACCAACCCACCACUUCAUCCUCCUCCACAGAGCACAGCUUCAGCCCCAGCAUCAAGCUCCACCAUGUGUCCCUCAGCACAGCCUCUAUUGUGGUCCAGAUCCCCAAUCCUUACAGCAAAAUGUACAUCCUGGUGCAGUACAACAACACUUUCGUCUCUGACGUCGUGAACCUGAAGCUAAACAAGGAGAAGAUCACGUUGAACAAGCUCAAGCCCCACACCAACUACACCUACUGCGUGGCCUCAAUCAAGAACUCCCAGCGCUAUAACCACACUUGCCUCCAGUUCACCACGCGGGCUCAGAGCCAGGACGACAUGCCGGCAACGACCACAACCACCACCCACUACAUUGUGACCAUCGUGGGCUGCCUCUUCGGCAUGCUCUGCAUCCUGGGCCUCGUCUACUACUGCCUGAGGAAGAGGAGGAGGCACGAGGAGAAGCAGAAGUCCAUCUGUGUGAAGAAGACCAUCUUGGAGAUGAGGUACGGUCCAGAGGUGGCGGCUGCUGUGGGGAACGACCCGUCAGCGGUGCAGAAGCUCCAAGAGCAGGCCCAGGGUCAGGGCCACCAUUCGUACCAGCACCACGCGCACGGAGGCAAGCUGCCCAUGUCGGCCUCCUCCUCCUCGGGCAUGCUCCACUCCGCCAACACCUCAUCCUCCAGGCUCUCCUCCAUCCCUCAGGACAAGAUGGCUACAGCCUUCUCCGAGGCCAUGCUGACCAGCAAAGGCAACUACAUGGAUGUGAGGAACGAGGGGGGGGUGAGAGAUGGGGGCAUGGGGGGAGGAAAGGGAGGGAUGAGGGAUGAGGAUCUGAGAGAGGAGGAUGGAUCAGACGCUGGGGAUCAUUCUGACGAUGAUGGGCGUGGCUCAGCUUCUGAGAUUUCCACCAUCGCCAUGGAGGUGGACAAGGUCAACCAGAUCAUCAAUAACUGUAUCGACGCCCUAAAGCUAGACUCCACUGCCUCCUCUGACACCAUCACCACCUCCUACCCAACCUCCACCCCGUCCACCUGCACCUCCUCCCUGACCCGUGGCCUCAUCCCCCUUUCCCCCGGUGUCACGGAGACCUGCCCGGGCCUACCCUCCCCAACCACCAAGAUCCCGCCUCCACCGCCGCUCCCCUUCUCCGUCCCUCUCUCGGAGCGCCCAGGGAUCAGCGGCGGCGGGUUCGUGUCGCCUCCCUACCGCCCCCCUCCUCCGGCGUCUGCCGUCCGCCCCAUCCAGAGGCAGAUGAGCGCAGAUGCGGCGGUGGUGAUCACCGGCGUGAAGAAGCAGUGCGGUGCCUCCUCCUGCAGCUCCGUGGGACGUGACCGGGAUCGAGGGACCGGAGGAGGGGGAGCUCGGGUCUACAGCCUGGAUGUCCACGAGCCUCGCAGCCCGGACCCCUGCCAGCAGUACCCCGGAGAGAGAGGCAGCCCUGUGGGUUGCGGAGAGCCCCAGGAGCGGCUGCCUCUGGUGGGGAGCGCCGGAGGCGGAGGUGGGGGUGGUGGUGGGUGUGGUAGUGGAGGAGGUGGCGGUGGUGUUGAUGGUGUGACCAAUCAGCACCACCAGCACCACCAGCAGCAGCAGCAGCAGCAGCACUUGGAGGUGCAGCAACAGGGGCAGGGCCAGCAGGGGGACUACCACUGCUCAGAGCACCGCCACUCCGUCCCAGCCCUGUACUACGAGGGCUCCCACCAGGGCUCCCCCCACCAGAGGGCCUCCUUCCUCAAGCCCCUGACCCGUUCCCGCCGCGACACCGCCUCCUACUCGCAGCUGUCACCCACCCGCCAUCAGAACUACUCCGGGUACUCCUCCAGCCCAGAGUAUUCAUCUGAGAGCUCCCUGAGGAUCUGGGAGAGGUUCCGGCCCUACAAGAAGGGCCAGCGCGAUGAGUCAUGCUACGUCACGGCCGGGAAUGCCUUGAGGAAGAAGGUGCAGUUUGCCAAAGGGGAGGACCUCCACGACAUCCUUGAUUACUGGAAAGGAGUUUCAGCUCAACAGAAGCUGUGAGAGGGAAGACAGGAAAUCAGAGUGAGGCAAUGUGGGCUAUUGAGUUUUGAGUAAUGGGACUCUUGUUGUUCCUGAUUGGCUGGCAAACCGCCAAUUUCAGAUGCCAGCCAAAGGGAACAAGCAAAACUUUGAUGAACGAGAGGAGAGAGGGCAGUGAAAGUUAAGUUGAAUUUGACAGAGCCUCAUAUAUUGCAGUAGGUUUUUUGAUACGUGUAAAAACAUGUUGUAAUCAGAUGGACCCGGGCAGAGAGAGGUUAUAGUGCAGCACCGUAGGAUAAUUGUGACAGUGAAUAGAGUGGACUGUAGCACUAUGUCUGGAACUUUCACCUUCUUGGGAGUUCUAUUUAGAGCCAGGUAGCCAAGGCCAAACAUCUCAUCAGUAUUCAGUCAACUCUUCAUGUGGAAUUCACCUUUUGGAGUGUCAUUGUCUGUGACACAUUUUCAUCUGUGUGUAGCGACAGGGUCUCAUUCAGUAACAGUAGCGCACAUCCCAAUGGUUUGUGUGUGUGUGUGCGCGUAUGUAUGAGUCAGUCCCCUCCAUGUGUUUCUUGCCUCUUGUAUGGUACUGUGUUCAUAUGCUAGCCGGCGAUAAUUAGUGUGUCUGUGUGUGUCCAUAUGUCCGUGCUAGCCAGCGGUAAUAUCCAUGCGUGUGUGUUGAUGAGAGCCAGAGAGGUAAUAUAUCCAGAGAGAGAAUGGAGGGGGGAAACUUGGUGGUUGUUAAAAAGAGCUGUCAAGCAGAGCCACUUCUCCGUACGAUCAUCCAUGACAUGCUGCUGGAUGCGGCAGAAACAUUUGCAUUUCAAUAGUGGCUGUCAGACACACACACACACAGCAAGCAGAGAGAAAUGAAAAGGGAAAAAAAAACACUCAAGGACGCUUUACUGUGUCAGGAUAGAUAGUACAGGCUUUGUUGGGGUCUCAAAUGCCAUCCUUUUCCCUAUGUAGUUCACUCCUCACUCUGGUCAAAGUGCUAUUUAGGGGAAUGUGUUGACAAUUGGGAUGCGGACUUCGGGUCCUCGGUUAGCCACAUCUCUAUCCAAGCAGGCGGGGUUUGGUACAGUGAACCGGGCGGGGUAAUGUACGGCGAUACAUUAAUUCUGUGCGUCUUGUGAAGAUAGGGAACUCGCACUGCGCUGUUAAACAACAACCUUGCCCCCAAAAACACAGAUAUGCAGUCAGGAGCAGCUGAUAUUUGGCUCUACAUACUGAUGGAAAUAUGACCUGGACCCAUGUGAAUUUAGAUUAUACUGUGAAAAGCUUGUUGCUAUCGGUAUCCAGAGGUACAAGUCAUCAUGACUCACAAGGUUCAGUUGACAGUUUAAUAAAGAGGGAGAGAAGGAGAGAGUAGGAACCGAGAGACAUAGAAGAGAAGAAAUAAAUAUAGGAAUAUUAAAAAAUAGAAAUACAUUCUGUGUACUGUGCAAAUGCAGGAGAUGAAGUAGAUCAACAGAGGUCAAGUAUCAUCAGAUAUCAGCAUGAAACGUCGACCCCCUGUAAAUAAUAUGAUGUAAAAUUAUUAUUUGUCUUUACUGGCAAAGCACUUCACACACGCUUCCUCUCCCAGUUCUACUGUCCAGACGUUAUGGCUAAGCCUCCAGUUACUGCAUUAAAGUAACCCUGUGUUGUUGUCUAAUGUGAAAUUGAAAGAGAAAGUGGGACACUAUUAAUUAACACCAACAUCUCUAUUUCGAAAUAUGAAUGUCUGCUUUAAUGAUGACACGCUUAUUAACAGUUAAUCAGGACUGUUUCAUAGCAACGUCUAUGUGUGUGUGUGUGUGUGUGUGUGUAUAGUCGAUAUGUUGUGGGUCCUCUGAGUAGUGUUUCAUUUGAAGUUAUUUGACUAGGUCUGUCUGACUGAUUUGAUAGUUGAUUAACCCGAGUCUCCUGAUGUUUGCCCUUUAUACCGUUGACCUUCUGUGACCCACAUUGCUCCAAGGCCAAGUAAUACACAUGAUGGGAUUAUAUUAUUGACAGGCAGUAUGGAGAAAUGCACAAAUCAAGACUGAAUGUCUCAUACGCUCUGCACACACACACACAAACACACACUGCUUAAUUAAUUGAAUUGACUCUCAAAAGGUCUAUUUAAAUUUAAAUCGAGGUUAUCUUAUAAAGUUCCAUCAGUAGAAACACUGUGCUAGUGUCCUGUAAUGUGGUACCCAAGAAGGUGCUUAACAUCUUCCCAAAUCAAAUGAAUAUCACUACCACUCAUUCUCUCUUUCGGGUGAUCCACACUAACUUACUCUCUCUUUAACACACACCAACACACACACCACUCACACACCUCUCUCACUUACCACUCUGCUUGGGCCACACAAGGCUUCAGUGGCGUGUAGUGACUGAACACAAUACCUCCAUGUACCAUAGAGUUUGGCAGAAUAACACCUGUUCUCUUUUAUUCAAGGAGGAAAGCUGGAAAUUGCCAUCCUCGGAGAGUUAGUUCUAGUCCUCCACAAGGCUUUUUUUACCCGUCCGUUUCCAGACUCCCUCCCACUAGAAUUGUUUUCAUUUUUCUCAAGUCUGUCAUCUUGUCUCUGCCGUGUUCGUGAUGACAUGAUGCGGGAUGACAUGAUGCAGGUUAAAUGGAGUGGACAUUGUGUAAAUGUCACCUGGAUGUUACCUGGGUGUUUCUUUGGCCUCUCUGUUUUCUGAGUGAAGUUUUGUUCGAUUGUGUUUGAUUUAUGCUGUGAGACAGUUUAGAGGUCAAAAGUUUAGAUUAAAUACAGACUUGUAGUGCCACCCUGUUUGUUUACCAUUGGAAGCGACAAGGUCAUGGAAGAAAACGACAGGUCUCUCAGUGAAAGAGGGAAAAGGAACUUCCAGACAACAGUCUUCCCUGGAAAUGACAAAAACAGCAAACAGUAACAUUUUGGAUUUAUAAGAUGAGAUGCCCAAUGAUUUGCUCUUUAAAAGACAGUACAUCUGAAAAUUCCACUGAGGAACUGCAAUGCUACCGGAGGCUAACUGUGACUGACUCUGCCCUUCAACAUUUACCCACCGUAUGGACAUGAAAAAUACACAUGCUCAGAAAGGUGAGUUUUAUCAUGUCAUAUUGGCUCAAAAUUGGCUUAAAACUCCUAAUAUAAGUUUACAUGUGAAAAAAAAUCCCACCCCUUCAAAUGAAGGUUGAUACAGCUGUGAAGGAAUUUCAUCUAUACAAACCAGUUCCAUUUUUACAACCAUUACUGCCACCAUUUUGAGUGCGCUGAAGUACAUUGUGAUACAAAAAUUAUUUGAUGGUUGUUUAAUAUUGCAGUUUCAUAUGUUUUAGAGGUCAUAUGACAUUAUUUGAAACUGGUAUUUUUUGUAUUCUGAAUUGCCAACUAAAGUACUACAAUUUGCCAUUUAUUUGUUUUUCUAUUCAUUAAGUAAGACUAAGAGUAAGACUGAAGCUCAUCCAAGUGCUUUCCUGCUCGAGGAUUUUCCUAACUCACAAUGCUGAAACAACGUUCCCUAACUGCUUUUGUAACGUGGCAUCACUUGCAUAAGUUGCACCUUUAACGAAGUAGAGUGACAAUCGUGUCUGUGGUUUUGAAAAAUAACAGUGGGCGCUCUUCUUUCCGCCUGCUUUCAUAAUGGCUUAAGAGUCUUUGCAGUGAUUUCACUGAGCGUUUAUCCUGUAGCCCACUUCCUUGCAAUCCAUCAUUUCAAUGCUGUUGUCUUUGAAAACCAUUGCACUACAUUGUAAAUACUGUGUGCACAACGACUGAAUAAAGUACCAUUUAAGAUAGCCCAUAUAUACACUAAUCUUCCACUUGAUCGUCAGGAGUGGUCAAAGCUAUGCGUCCUAAAAUAGCUAACUACUGUUUUUCUGUUUAAAUAAUACAUGGUGUCCCUGCUAACUUCCAGCGAGGGGUGUAAUGGUUGUGGUUUAGAUGAGCUGUUGUGUUAAGUAGCCUUUGUUUGGGCUUAUGAGAUAUUUAGUAGAACAGAGCUGUGUUUCGGGGGUUUAUUGGAGCAUAAAAGUUGGAAACUGCAGUGCUGAGCUGUCACACCAAAGGAACCACUGGUGGAUGACAUAGAAGACUGACAUUAGGAAGGUACAUGCAUUGCGGCAAGGUUUGUUUUCAUAGCAAAUUGAGUUUAUUGUUGUAUAGCUUAUGUACUGUACCUAGGUACUUCAUAAACAUUUUAACAAGCACGGCCUCGCACUAAGGACAUCUUAGUAAGCAUAAAAAAUAUACACAUUGGUUGGAAUCACUAUUUUCAUAGCCUUUACAAGUCACUGCCUAAAAUCAAUGACCGCUGAUUUACACUGAGUAAGACGCAUUCUCAAACAUUUUGGGGAUGUUUUUCACAGUAGGAUAGCAUUUAUUUAAUUGUGAUUUCUUGGCAGUUUAAUAUAUUCUAUAUGGUUUGAUUUUGUCCCAAAAAUAAGUGUUUGCAUUUAAGACAGAUAUAUUCCUUUCCUGUGAUUUUGUUUUGCACUAUUACAGUACAUUAGUGCCUUGUUGUAUACACAGUGGAUGAAUUGGAAUAGUUUUCAUCUAUACAUCAUAUUUCUAUUCUUCUUUGAACUCUGUCAUUUAGGUCAUUAUUGUGGAGACAUUGCAAAGUUGUUGUUUUGUCCUCUGUUGUCUCACAUCCAUGUGGUGACAACAUUUUUACAUCUAUUCAUUUGUUUGGAAAACUGUUUUAUGCUUCACAUGUAUCUUACAUGUUUUACAUUAUUAUUAUUAUUAUUAUUAUGUUUGUCUUGGUAUUGGCAGUUACUGCACUCUGUAGCUGGUUUAAACUCCUCAGUUGCCUUAUGACAUCCCUCACCAGUUUCACUCCUGUCCUGCAAAUCUGUUCAGAACGACAAAUGUAUAUUCAGUAUGUCUCAUUUUGAUUUGACCAUGCCUACAGAGAAAUUCACUCUCUUGUUUGUUAAAAUAUACUGUAGUUACCAAACUGCCAAUCACUGCCCUUCUUUAUGAAGUUUACAAAAUGCUCCUUGGUCAUUUUAACUACUAAAAGUACUGAAAAUAACUCAUUUAAGCAUGCCUGAAAGAGUCUAAAAGCUUUAUUUGAACAAUUUUUUAUUUUUUUUUUAUGUUCUUUUCACGUUGACACUAUGAAAUAGUUUGUGUUGCUCAAACAAAAUAACAAAUCACAAUUAAAUGAAUUGUUAUCCCCCUUUGUUACUCGUCAAAAUGUAAAACCCCAAGUUGGUGUAUACUUACCACACACGCUCCACUCUAUUCCUCCAAUGUGGUUCCAGUCUUGUGGCCUCAGCAGAGCCCUGUGAAAACAUCUGUAGAUGCUGAUUAAGGCUUUAGAAGUCCUGUUAAAAUCUAAUCCAGUUAUUCGGGCGGGCCUUGGACUCUAUUUUUCUCAGCACUGUGCAAAAUAUAAAAAAAAUUUGAAUGAGUUUCUAACAUAGACAAGAGUUAAGAAUUGCACUCCCUGUGAGACCCAGUUUCUGGAUUGAAAGUUCCUCAUGGAGACAGAGGCUCUCAUUGGGCUCUGGGGAACCGCGGUCCACUACGUAGGGAAAGCAUUUGAACAGCAGACAGACAUCAGCAGCUGGCGGCAAUGACACCCAUGCCUUAUGUUUCAAAUGGUGCAUGAUCACAUGGUGGAGCAGUAACUAUUUUAUGUUUUCCCAAUGCAAAGAGAACAUCUCUAAAGGCCCUGGGAUGUCUGUGGUUCUGUCCCAGUAGCCACCUCUCUCUCUCCUCAGAUGUGUGUGCAGACUGCAGGCCACCGGCAGUGAAGAGAGCCCACUGGUGCUCUAAUCGUGCUGUUCAUUCUGAUCAGUGAUUCUCUACCCCAAAGCUGUGAGGAACAGAAGGUUCUGGGCUGUGAAUGUAGAGCAGCAGAAAGACAGGAUGAAGAGAAAGAGACUGGUCCUAGCAGACCCACAAUGUAUGGAAGCUAAAUAGAGGGAAGGGGCGAGAGAGUGCAAUGAACAGCCUGAGAGGAUUGGUGAGAGAGAGAGAGACAGAGAGAGAGAGGAGUGAGGGGAGGGGAACAGAAAAGACAGCAUUACAAAAUGCAAAAAAUGGAUUACUUUUCCAUGGGCGUUUUCCUCAUUUUCUAAGCUCUGUCCCUCCGCCUGCAUUCAAACUUUCUCCCAUCUACAACACAGGCCAGACAGGCAGGAGGACAGCAGCUUUACAGCUGAAAAAUGAGGCUUUGUUUCAGUGUUUCUUUCCAUGCGUGUUAUGGUAAAAGCUGGGGGGAAUAGCUACAAAAAGCACACUUCAUUUGAGAAGGCCCAAUCGCUGACAGUGUAUACUAACCUACCAAAUUACUUUGGAUGUUUGAUUUGUACAAUGGACUACAAAUGUAUACUUCCGCCAAUGCACGUUGCUCUGGUUAACAGUGUCUGCUAAAUGACGUCGCAGAACCCCAUUUAGUUGAAAAAUAGUUUUUGGACGUGCUGCAUCAAUAUUUCAGCCUCUAAAGAAACCUGUUCUCUGUGUUUUCACCUACAGUUGUUCCUGCUGGAUGAAUACAGUAUGUAGCGCUGCCUAUCUGUCGCUCUGAAUUUGAACGCAGUCCUGGGAGUGUUUUGAGGGUGAGCCACUCAGACCUCCUGCUGUCAGUACGGCUUCCUAGCUAGUUCAAUACCAGUGUCUCUCAGCCAGUUGUGAUUAUGAAGCUACAACGUUUGCUGCAUAUUGACCUUGCAUGGGAGGUGGGGUUCAGGGGUCAGGCAAAGCAUUCCUUGUCUCACCAAACACUAGAGACUCCCUCGGGCAGGCUAACAUUAUGUUUUGAGGGAGUAUGUAUGCUGGGUAUGGCUCAGAGGAUUCGGAGGAUUCACAAAGUCACAAUUUCUCUCGAGCAUUUUGGGAUUUGCUGCAAUAAGACAAUGUCUUAACCAAUAAUUGGGCAUAAAAUUGUGAGAUAAAAUUAAGAGUACAUUUAUGGAAAUAUAUAUAAAAAAAAGUGAGGAGAGGUAUAGAAGGGAAGAAGCGCUGAAGGGUAGAGAGAGGAGAGGGAGUCGAGAGGGAGACAGCGGAGAAGGAGAAUUGGAGAGGAAUGAGCGGUGAGGGAGAGGAGAGAAAGGAAGGAAUGAAAGGCAGGGAGAGAGAACACAAAGCAGGAUGACUAAACAGAAGUCAGCCAUGUCCUAAACACAGUACAGUAAUGGGCUGAUCUUCAGAGAGGAGAGAAGAAGAAAGGAUUCACAGAAAUGUGUACAAAUACACUCUACAGGGAUGACGACAUGUCUCAGAACCUCUACCAGAAGCUUCCAACUUUGUUCAAUCAGGAAUUUGUCGCUGGACUGAAUACAGAAUACUGAACACCCACAGAGAGUAAGCAAGAGAUAGAAAGAAAGAGAAGUACAGAGCGAGAGCAGAAAGCGUGGGAAGAGGAGAGUACCACAAAACAGUCUGAGGAACAUUGGAACGUCUCUCUGGUAUAGAGCAGGUCUGUGACCAGAUAAUAAAAUCCUGCUCAUGUUCCCACUGACUGUCUCCUAUCUACAGUGUUUCAUCGUAAUUAGUCUCAAACAAUAGCAAGCCUCAAUUUAUCAUUAUCUAUGCCUGGUCUCCAUUGUUGACCAUUGCACAGGCUCCCCAAGCACUGAGGAGCCUGAAUCAAGUUGGGCCAAAGGCCUAAUCAAAAUGCCUGUCGCUCUUAUAGACAGUGUGCCCGAGGAAUAAUUGAUUUGAUUUGUUAGAGGAUGUGCCUGGGAAUAAAGUACUUCAAUACUUUAUGAAAUGUGAUUUUGCUAGACAGCAAAAAAUCCUUUAUUAUAUUGGUCUUUAAAAUAGAAAAAAUAAAAUAAAACAAAUAGAAGUCCACUGUACAUCAUUACUGCUUCAUUUGUCUCUGGAACAUGUGGUCGCUAAGAAGUGACUUGUAAACACAUUAAUAUUACUAUUCAUAUACUGUAUAAUCAGCAAUUCACAUACAGUGCUGGAAAAAAUUAAGAGACCACGGCAAAAUUAUCAGUUUCUCUGGUUUAACUAUUC